GGGGCCGGUAUGGCGGAGGCGCAGCCAGGCUCAGGUGUAUUAAACUUCAAUCCGGAUGCAGCUGAUUUCAUUCCCAGAGAGAGAGAGACUCCUGAUGUAAAUUGGAGAAGUCUGGGUAGAUUUGAAUCCAAUAGGAAUCAGAACAGAAAUGAUACUCUACCACUUCCUAGUCAGUCGUCUGAUAAAGGCACAGACUAUGAAAACUCUUCCACAAAGCAACACAGCUUUUAUAGUCCAGAAAGCCAGUACUGUAGCCAGCAAGAUUUUCUCCAGCUUGGUGGUACCAGUAAACCUCAUAAGAAUCAUAGUUUUCAAAGUCAGCGAUGGCAGAGAUCUAGAAGUGAUAGGACAUAUACUCGAAACCGGAUAAGGCAAUCAUCUGCUGAUGGUACAAAAGACAUGACAAUUUUAGAUACCACAUUAGUACCAAGGUGGAGAGUCAAUCCUAAAGAAUACAAUGACUUUUGCUCUUCAGAGAGUGACAAGGAGGUAUCUAGUGCAGAUAAUAGAGGGGCAAAGCCAAAGAAAACACACUUGAUGCCUGCACCUGGAAGAGGCCUCAAAGAGAAGGGGAAGCAGUUACGUGAGCGGGAUAAGAGAGUGACAUCUAAACAGAAGGAUGAUAUGUUUAAAAACAUACAAUCUCUGGAUCUGACUCAAUCUGACUCUUCAGAAGCAUCUGUUGCCAAAGCAUUGUUUGAUGGAUAUGCUGGCAAUAGUGAUGAACAAAAAAGACAUUCAUUUGCGAACAAAAAAUACCCCAGGAAGUCCAUGUGGAGUAAACCUCAAUUUGGUAAAGAAAUCCAGAAAAAACAAGAUACUCACCGCAGUAAAAAUACAAAAGAAGUUAAAAAGCCUCCUCUUAUUUACGCUCCAAAAGAUAAAAUUAGAGAGAGGAGUAAAGAAUCAGGCAUUCACAACAAUGAUCAAAACUUGACCAGCAUAACACAAGCUCACCAAUUAAGGGAAUCAGUCAAAUAUGGGGGAAGACAGCUUCACCUACAGGUGGGACACACAACCUCCCUUCACUUCAAUUGGACUCAGUAUUGGAAAAAGCAGAGUGAUGUACCAAGGAACAAGGAAACUCAUACAGGUUCUCUGAUAGAGCAGCUGACCACAGAGAAAUAUGAGUGUAUGGUGUGCUGUGAGGUGAUCCGAACAAUAGCCCCGGUAUGGAGCUGUCAGAAUUGUUAUCAUGUGUUUCAUCUGAACUGCAUUAAGAAGUGGGCAAGAUCACCAGCAUCACAAGCCGAAGAUGGCAAUAGUGGCUGGAGAUGUCCUGCUUGUCAAAAUGCUUCAACACAAGUUCCUACUACUUACACCUGUUUUUGUGGUAAGGUAAACAACCCUGAAUGGAAUAGAAAUGAAAUUCCACAUAGCUGUGGAGAGCUUUGUAGAAAAAGAAGACCAGGUCAGGACUGUCCCCACUCUUGUAAUAUCCUCUGCCAUCCAGGUCCUUGCCCGUCGUGCCCUGCCUUUAUGACAAAAACAUGUGAAUGUGGGCGAACAAGUCAUUCAGUUCGCUGCGGCCAAUCCACCACAAUUCAUUGUUCUAAUGUAUGUGGGAAUACUUUAAAUUGUGGUAGGCAUAACUGUGCUCAGGUGUGCCAUGUGGGAAAAUGUCAUCCUUGCCAGCUUACAGUACAGCAAGUCUGCUACUGUGGGAGUACCUUUCGAGAUGUAUUGUGUGGAACAAAUGAAGAGUUUUCUGAUGGAUUUGGAAAGUUCUCCUGCCAGAAGACAUGUGACAAAAAAUUAAAUUGUGGAAGGCACAGCUGUAUGCAGAUAUGUCAUCCUGAGCCCUGCCAACUUUGUCCACGACUUCCCCAAGUAGUGCACUGCUGUCCUUGUGGGCAGACUCUUCUUAGCAGAUUACUAAAACUAGGAUGUAUUGAGCGUAAACUGUGCACGGAUCCCAUCCCAUCGUGUGGAAAAACAUGUGGCAAACCUCUACCUUGUGGUAGCCGUGAUUUCAUUCAUACAUGUGAAAAUCUUUGCCAUGAAGGAGAAUGUGGACCGUGCUCUCGUACAUCAAAUAUUUACUGUAGGUGUGCCUUCAAAACAAAGGAAGUCCCAUGUGCCCUCCUCAAAAAUAAAGCUGAUAUUACAUUUAUGUGUGACAAGCGAUGUAACAAGAAACGGUCAUGUGGACGACACAAGUGUAAUGAAAUUUGCUGUGUGGACAAAGAACAUAAGUGUCCCUUGGUUUGUGGACGCAAACUCAAUUGUAGCCUUCAUAGAUGUGAAGAACCUUGUCACCGUGGCAACUGUCAAACAUGCUGGCAGACAAGUUUUGAUGAACUAACUUGUUACUGUGGUGAGUCGGUAAUUUAUCCUCCUGUUCCUUGUGGUACUCAGCCACCAGAAUGUAAAAACUCAUGUACCAGACCACAUGAAUGUGAUCAUCCAGUGUACCAUACCUGCCAUAGUGAAGAGAAGUGCCCACCCUGUACAUACCUCACUCAAAAAUGGUGUAUGGGCAAGCAUGAACUGCGGAACAAUAUUCCCUGUCAUCUCACUGACAUCUCUUGUGGUCUUCGCUGCAAUCAAAUGUUAAAAUGUGGAAUGCACAAAUGUAAAAGAAUUUGUCACAAAGGGGUGUGUCUGAUAGAUGAAGAAUGCAAACAGCCAUGUACUCGUCUGAGACUAUACUGUAAUCAUCCCUGUAUGGCUCCAUGCCAUCCAUCUUUACCCUGUCCUACAACUUCUUGCAACACAAAGGUUGAUCUUCAGUGUGAAUGUGGAAGAAGAAAGGAGAGUAUGAUUUGUUCAGAAGCAUCUAGUACAUAUCAGAGAAUAGCUGCUAUAUCCAUAGCCACUAAACUAACAGACCUGCAACUUGGUGACUCAGUGGAAAUCAGUAGGCUGAUUACCAAAAAAGAAAUGAAGCAAACAAGGUUGCAGUGUAAUGAAGAGUGUUUCGCCUUUGAAAGGAACAGGCGCUUUGCUGAAGCUCUCCAUAUCCGUGAUAAUUCUGACCCUUUUAAUAUCCGUUCUUCAGGAUCAAAGUACAGUGAUAAUUUAAAAGAAGAUGCAAGGAAAGAUUUAAAGUUUGUCAGUGAUAUUGAGAAGGAAAUGAGAACACUCGUGGAAGCUGUAAAUAAGGGCAAGCAUUCAAAAAAGAGUCACUGUUAUCCACCCAUGAACAGAGAUCACCGCAGAAUCAUCCAUGAGUUAGCUCAAAUUUAUGGCAUUGAGAGUGUGAGCUAUGACAAUGAACCAAAGCGUAAUGUUGUUAUCACUGCAGUGAAAGGUAAAUCCAUUUGUCCAAGUAAUACCCUAACAUCUGUCCUAGAGAGGGAAAUGCAGACAAGGCCUCCACCACCUAUUCCUCACUACAGACAAACAGAUAAGAAUAAUGGAAACAAUGGCUUGCCGAAAACAUUAAAAGUGGAGCCAGUGAUUGACUACUUUGAUGUCCAAGACUGAAAUGGUUAACCUUAAAUUAUUAUUUAGAAAAAUGGAGGUGAAGAUACAUAUCUAUCAUGCAAGAUGCUUUGUGGCUAAUUAAAUGAUUAACUAUUCGAUAUAUUCAAAGUUUCAAAUAGUAAAAAAGCACUAGUGUGAGUUAAGUGUAUGAGAAACUGCAUGAGAAACAUAGCAUUGUCUAGAAAUUAACUAAAAAUGAAACUGAUAUUUUAAAUUUGACUGCAAAUUUUCAGCUGCUCUGCCUAUUUUUACGUAAGUUGCAGGUGCAGGUAUUUUUCACCUCGGGCUGGUACAUUUUUCUUCUCUGUUUGGAAUCAGAGUAUCUUUAAUGAAGUGAAACUGCCUGUCCAUUAAUUUGUAGCUGAAAAAACUGGUAAUUAAACUAAUUCUAUUGGGGUAGUGAUAUUAGUGGCAAACAUUCCAAAGAUUUAUACUGAGGGAUCCAGCUGUACUGUUAAAAAUUAACAAAUCACAAGUUGCUAUAAUAUAAUCCUAAUGGAUAUAUUUUCAAAGAAUUUUCAUGUGAUUUUAAUCAUUCCAUUUCUACUGUAAACAUAUCAAAUUUGGGAGUGAAGUGUCUGAGUUAUUCCCACAUGGAAUAAAACUAAAAAUUUAGCUCAACUCUACAAUAUGUUACAUAUUCCCAGUGCUUAGGCACACUGACAUCUGCUAAAGAGGAGUACAUCUCAUGUUCACUAGCAUUUGAGGAUUUGAGUACUUUCCAGUUCUUGUUCUUAAGGUGGAGGAGGGAAAAUGCCAUUUGUUUGUUUGUGGGUUUUUAUUAAGCAAAAGAAUAAUGGGUUAGUUUUCUUUGUGUCUUAUUUAGUUUGUAUAUUUAAACCAAAUAGAAGUAUUAAAUUAAAAAUGAAAAAAAAUAUUUAAUUCAAAUGCUUGAACUGUAAGAACUCCAUGUAUGGCUUUGAUGUUCCGUAGAGAUUGAAUUAUAUGUCUAGGAUUGUCAAACUGAUGACUUCAGUAGUUAAACUUUUCCUCUGUACAAGCUUAGAGCAGUAGGUAUGUGCUUGGCUUAUGUUGGAAUAUGGGUUGAGAUUGCAGCAAUUCUUGAAAACUUCAUAAGAAAGUCUGGUAUGGUAAAUCCCACUCAAUUAAAACAACCCUUUAAUGAUCUCAUGACAUUUUAAAUAUAUUAUACUUUACACAAUUGAGUAGCCGACCCAGUCUCCUAGAUUUCAAAUUGUUUCACAUUAAUGGUUGUCCUCAUGAGGAAGGAGAGACCCAGAUCUUUAGCUGGUGUAAAUUGUCUUAGCUCCAUUGACUUCACUUGAGCUACAACAAUUUACCCAAGUUGAGGGUCUGGCUCCUUAUGCUAAUAAGCUCCUUACUCUUUACACUAAGCUGUCUGUCUCGCCUCUCCUGACUGCACACAGCCCUAGAUGUUAUUCCUUUGUGCUGCUCUUUGCGCUCAGGAGCAGCUUUUUUCUGGAUGUCCCAGAGAGUUUAUGGAAUGUUUGAGGGUCAUUAGCCACAGAGGUUCAUUUUGGGGUAGAUAUGUAUCAUAACAUGUUGACUUAAGAUAAUUGUAAUAUUCUACAUUGUCAAGAUGUUAUGGGUUUUAUGGUUUUCUGUUGAUGCAUGUGUAUAAAACUUACUUUCAUUUAGGAAAUGACAACGCAAUGUAAUAUGUUUCUAAUUUAAUGUUUGAGAUACAUUUUCUCCACUUAAAAGAACACUGUCAAGGAAUGUUGAUCUUUUUCAUGUGUUUGAGUCUUCAUACAAUGAGUUUCACAUACAAUGAAAAUAAUUUUCUUUUACCUUUUUCCUUUCAUUUGGUGAACAGAAAUGAACUUUUUUUAUGAAUGAAUCUUAAAUAAACUAGCUGUUAUGAUUUGGCAUGACAGUGCAUAAAAUCCUUAAGCAAGUUGAGCUCUUGCAAGGUGCUUAACAUUUUCAAUUUCUGUUGACUUCAGUGGGUGAAUAGGUUGCUAAGCACCUUUCUAGAAGUGUGAUUUUGCAGACACACAAUUAAGUAAACCUAACAUGUGAGAGAGAGUCUCAUUUAUUUCAGUGUCACUGCAUGACUGAAUGAGGGUUUGCAAGAUGGGCCCAUAGUUUGUGACCCUACAUUUAAUAUAUUUUAACGCAGGACUUCAUUUAAAAUAGCUAAAACAUCACCUACAUAUUUGUUUGCAAUUUGUAUGAGGUUUUCAUAGCAGUAUGUCUAGUUCAUGCACUUUAAUUGGUAUUUUUAACAAAUUGUGAUUUUGCAACUUAAAUGUGAGGCUGAUGAGAAACAAUCUAGAAGAUGUUCAGGUUCUGAAUAAAUCUUCCAGCUUUUGAUCAGAAGAACCAGAGAAUUUUCAGUUUGCAAAAUAAGGCUAGUAAAUAUUUUGAAUUCAUAUCUGCUGAUCAAUCAAAAUGCCCCUUAUGAAAUAUCUAAUAACAGUUUUGCUCUGUUGUGAAUAUUGACAUAUCUCUAUGCCUAUUUUAAUACAAAGAAGGUCAGCUUUUUUAAAAGCUUUGACACAGAAAUGUUUAUUCAAAAUUUCUUAUUGUAAUAGUUCCGUUAAAAAGAUCAUUCAUGCACUUCCCUGGGAAAGCAAUAUCAAAACAAGUUUUUUCCAAAGUAUAAUUUUCCAGCUUUAAAAAUGAAUUCAGCUAGGUUUAAUUGUGGUGUUCUCCCUUCUCUUCUGGUUUGCUUUGGAUCAUUUUACUGCAUAUGUGUGCCUAAUGGGAAUGCUUUUCUGAUAUACCAUUUUGUAUUUCUUCUUAGUCUAUUUAUCUAAAAGAAAAAAGAGUGAAAUCAGUGGCAUUGACUUCAGUGGAGCUAGUAUUCCACCCUUGGUCUGUCAAUUACAUUGCAUAGGUCUCAGAACAAUACUGUAUUUUGUAAAUUGUUCUGUAUUGAAUAUAUUACAAUUAAAAGAUUGUCUUUGAAGUAAACUGAGGAAGGGCAAAUUAGUUACAAAACAUAUAACUUUACCAAGUGCUUUUAAACUAUUGUAUAUAAAAUACAGGUUGAAUUUUGGCAUUGGGACAGUGUAACUGUUCAGUGGUUUAAUGUGUUAAGAAGUGCUCUGAUUAUUCAGUGCUUGAUGUACAUUAAUCUGUGCAUAAUCUAAAAUCUUAGCUGUACAAGUUAGCUAUGGAGACCACUGUUUUGUGGCAAUUUUACAGUAUGUACUUCAUGAACACUCUUUUCAUAAGUUAUUUGGUGACAAGAUUAUAUUUCACUUGAUUCCUUUCAAGUUUAGUGGUGUAACAGGUGACUUGCUGUAUAAAGCUGUAAUAAAAUUAAGUUCAAAUUGC